CUCAGAGGGACAGACUGCGAGCUGCCUCGGUGUUCUGGUGCGGAGUGGACGGCGAUGGCAGGGCUGCGUGUUUGUGUGUCCGAUUUUGAGGAGGAAGCCAAGAAGGUUCUUCCUAAAGCUGUGUAUGACUACUACCGCUCAGGAGCUGAGGAGCAAAACACACUGGCUGACAAUGUCGCUGCCUUUAAAAGGUGGCUUCUUGUCCCUCGGGUGUUGAGGAAUGUGUCCACAGUGGAUCUCUCUGUCUCUGUGCUGGGCCAGAAGCUGAGCAUGCCUAUCUGUGUUGCAGCCACAGCAAUGCAGAGGAUGGCUCAUGCUGAGGGAGAGACAGCUACUGCAAGAGCAUGCCGAGCAGUGGGCACAGGGAUGAUGCUGAGCUCCUGGGCCACCUCCACUAUAGAGGAAGUGAUGUCAGCAAUGACAGCCUCGCUAGACGGCGUCCUGUGGCUGCAGCUUUACAUCUAUAAAGACAGAGAGCUCACGCUGUCAUUGGUGCGCCGGGCGGAAGAGGCGGGCUAUAAAGCUAUCUUUGUUACUGUGGAUACGCCGUACCUGGGGAGGAGAUGGGAUGACAUGCGCAACCGCUUUAAACUGCCCCAACACCUGAGCAUGUCUAACUUCUCAUCAGCCUCCAUGGCUUUCUCUGAGGGAAACUAUGGCGAUGACAGUGGUUUGGCGGUGUAUGUUGCUAAAGCGAUAGAUCCCACUCUCUGCUGGGACGACAUCACGUGGCUGAAGAAACACACACACCUUCCUGUGAUUGUGAAAGGAGUACUUAAUGGUGAGGAUGCUGUCCAGGCUGUAAACUACAGAGUCGAUGGCAUCCUGGUAUCCAAUCACGGAGCUCGACAGUUGGAUGGGGUUCCUGCUACGAUAGAUGUGUUGGAGGAGGUAGUGAGGGCAGUGCAGGGUCGCUGUGAUGUCUUCAUGGACGGAGGAGUGCGGCGAGGGACGGACGUCCUUAAGGCCUUAGCUCUGGGAGCAAAGGCUGUCUUCAUCGGCCGACCAGUGCUGUGGGGUCUCGCCUGUCAGGGGGAACAGGGAGUCACAGAGAUUCUGGAACUUCUAAAAGAGGAGCUGCAUCUGGCUAUGGCCCUGUCAGGUUGUCGUUCUGUAUCUGAGGUGAACAGGUCUCUGGUCCGGAGAGUGGACUUCACCUCCAGGAUGUGAGAGAAGAAUCUGCUGCAGGAAUCACAAGACAAUACAUUCUUGUUGGAUCAUUGGACAUUCAUUUGUCAAAUGAAUUUAAUAUUUUUUUGUAUCCAUCUUUGUUAAAAUGUUUUGCCUGAAAAUAGCGCUCGAUGGUGUUUUUUGCCCCCAACUGCUCCUUCCAGGCAGCGCUGCAACCGCUGCCUUCAAGGCACCUAACCCUAACAUUAACCUUAACCCUAACCCUAACCAUAACCAGUGCCUCCCAACGGUCCAGCGCUGCCUGGAAGGCACCGUUGGGGGCAAAAAACACCGAUAAACGAAAAUAGCACGUGAUCCAAUCUAAUGUAAGACUGAGGUGGAAUACUGGCCAGUGUCUUGAAGUAAGUGAAUGAAGUGGCACCAAUUAAAAUUCAGUUCAGUUGAGUCAAA